UGGUGACGUCAGUUCACUCACUUAGAAGCGGCCAUUUUCCCAAAACAAUUUGAAAAACCGGGUGUAGUACUACUUCGCUUGAAUUUAUAGUUAAUAUUUGUUUAAGUAUCACUGCAUUUCAGCAUAUUUUAAUACAAUACAGAACAAUUUUAUCUGCUGUUAUCAUUAAGUAUAUUUGAAAUGAGCGUGGAUGACAGGGCGGCCGCCAAGGAAUUGGACCAAUGGAUCGAACAGUUGAUGGAAUGCAAGCAAUUGACAGAAAAUCAAGUAAAAACCCUGUGUGAAAAGGCAAAGGAGAUUUUAACCAAGGAAUCAAAUGUGCAAGAUGUCAAAUGUCCAGUCACUGUCUGUGGAGAUGUCCAUGGACAAUUUCAUGACCUUAUGGAAUUAUUCCGCAUCGGUGGGAAAUCACCAGAUACAAAUUACCUGUUCAUGGGUGACUAUGUAGACAGAGGGUAUUAUUCUGUAGAAACAGUCACACUCUUAGUUUCAUUAAAAGUACGUUAUAAAGAAAGAAUAACAAUUCUACGAGGCAAUCAUGAGAGUAGGCAAAUUACACAAGUAUAUGGCUUCUAUGAUGAAUGCCUUAGGAAAUAUGGAAAUGCCAAUGUAUGGAAAUAUUUCACAGACCUGUUUGACUACUUACCAUUGACGGCCCUUGUAGACAGUCAGAUCUUCUGUUUACAUGGUGGACUGUCCCCAUCCAUAGACACACUAGACCAUAUUAAAGCGUUAGAUAGAAUUCAGGAAGUUCCGCAUGAGGGUCCAAUGUGCGACUUGUUGUGGUCAGAUCCUGAUGAUCGUGGUGGCUGGGGUAUUUCUCCACGUGGAGCAGGAUACACAUUUGGCCAAGACAUCUCAGAAACUUUUAAUCAUAGCAAUGGACUGACAUUGAUUGCUAGGGCACAUCAGUUAGUGAUGGAGGGUUACAACUGGUGUCAUGACCGUAAUGUAGUAACAAUCUUCAGUGCCCCUAACUACUGCUACAGAUGUGGAAAUCAGGCUGCCAUCAUGGAACUGGAUGAUGCUCUGAAAUACUCUUUCUUGCAGUUUGAUCCAGCUCCAAGGCGUGGAGAACCCCACGUGACCCGACGCACGCCAGACUACUUCUUGUAGACUGCACUGAUACAGUUCACAUCAAAUCUUGACCAUCUGUUUGAUGUUUAGACUAACUUAUAUAAGUACAAGUGACCUACUUCAGUAUGUGCAUACACAGUAUGACAACACAGGAAGCACAUGGACAGCAUAAACAAACUCAAUCGGUCCAAGAACUACUACUAUUGUAAUUCAUGUGUACGGCAAAACUUGCCUUCCUGUGGGGAGAAACAAAAAAAAAGGCCCAUAUACUUCAACAGAGUUGACAAUAACACUAUACUCUUUCCUAUAAUUACUGAAAUGCCUCAUAGUAUUGUGAGUAACAAAAAAUGAUUUGCUGCUUUCUUGUGUCAGUGCGAAACUGGACUUUGCCCUAUGCUUUAAUUCCACAAGACUACAGUAUGAGAGCAUUAUUAUAACUACAACAGGCAUUUGAUGGUCUAUUAUUUUCUUUAAUUUUGGAUUACAAUUUUGAACAGGAAAUUAAUGUAUGCAUCAACGAACAAAAGGAAAUUAUAAAUGUGAUGUCUGUUUGUAAACAAUUAGCCUGGUAAUUGAUAUUUAAUUUAAUUGUUAUUAAAACUCCAGGAUUCAAACAUUUGGUAUACGCACAUAUACUUAUCACCAAUGAGACUUUAAACUGUCUCCAAUGAAUUUGGUGCAGGUUUUCAUGGUUUUCUCUAAAAGUCCUUUCUUUGUAUACUUUAAAGAAUGGAGUUAAAGAAAUCCAUAAGACUAUUGGAAGUUUCACAUCUUGCGUGGUGUGAUGUAUUUAUAUUUCAUUGGUGUUCAGUUUAUGUAUGGUGAUAUCAGUUUGGAUGCAUCUACUGGAAGUCGUUAGCGUCCUGAAUUAACUCUGUAGAUAAAGUUGUGAAAGAAUUGAAA